GCCGGUGGUUCCGGGCUCGCCGCCGAGUGUCCCGGAACCACUGCCGGGGGUCGGGGGUCCCGUUCCCGGUGUCCCCGGUGCCCGCGGCCGCAGUGCCGGUGCUGCCGGUGCCGGUGUCGGCGGUGCCCCCGGUGCCGGUGCCCGCCGCGAUGUACGCGCCGGGCGGGCCGGCGGGGCCGGGCGGGAGGCGGCGGCGGGGCGCGGCGGGGCUGCCGAAGCAGCCGGAGCGGAGCUUGGCGUCGGCGCUGCCCGGGGCUCUGUCCAUCACCGCGCUCUGCACCGCCCUGGCUGAGCCUGCCUGGCUCCGCAUCCACGGCGGCACCUGCGCCCGCCAGGAGCUGGGGGUGGCCGAUGUGCUGGGCUAUGUGAACCCCGAGCUGCUCCGAGAUUAUUGCAUGAACCCACAGACGGUGCUGCUGCUCCGGGUCAUUGCUGCCUUCUGCUUCCUGGGAAUCCUGUGCAGCCUCUCGGCCUUUCUGCUCGACGUGUUCGGCCCCAAACACCCGGCGCUGAAAAUCACCCGGCGCUACGCCUUCGCCCACAUCCUGACAGUCCUGCAAUGUGCCACCGUCAUCGGGUUCUGCUACUGGGCGUCGGAGCUGAUCCUGGCACAGCAGCAGCAGCACAAGAAGUACCACGGCUCCCAGGUCUACGUCACCUUCGCUGUCAGCUUCUACCUGGUGGCGGGGGCAGGGGGGGCCUCGAUCCUGGCCACGGCCGCCAACCUGCUCCGGCAUUAUCCCACCGAGGAGGAGGAGCAGGCGCUGGAGCUGCUCUCGGAGAUGGAGGAGAACGAGCCCUACCCGGCCGAGUACGAGGUGAUCAACCAGUUCCAGCCUCCGCCGGCCUACACCCCCUGAUCCCGCCUGGAAUGCCCCUCCGGCCCCGCUUCCACCUCCUGCGGCUCCCGGGGCUCUCCACAAGAGGUUUUUGGGGCGGAUUGGCGGCGUUUGAUUCCCGGCCUUGGGUUUGUGGCUCCGCGGCGACGCUUGGACUCGGCCUCGUUCCCCCCACAUGGCUCCUCCUGGGAAUGGGGCAUCCAUGGUUCCCCUGGGAAUAAGGGAUCUGCAAUCCUGGGAAUGAAGGAUCCAUGGUUCCCCUGGGAAUGAGGGAUCCACAAUCCUCCUGGGAACGAGGGAUCCACAAUUCUCCCGGGAAUGAGAGGUUUGGGAUCCACAGUUCUUCUUGGAAUGGGAUGUGUGGGGUCCACAUUCCCACAUCAGAGCUCAUUCCCUCCUCCUCCAAGGCCCCCAAGGCCUGGACACGAGUGGAUAUAUUUAUAUAUAUUUAUAUAUAUUUAUAUCAGGGAAGCUCCCACCACAUUCCCAGGGCAGGGAUGGCUCAUCCUGCACGGCAGGAGGUGGAAAUUCCCACUCCCGGCUCUCCCUGCGCCUCUCUUCCCACUACACGGACAUUCUGCACUUUAUUCCAGGCUCUGGGAAGGACUGGGACAGUUUUGGGGCCUGUGGCACAGCACGGGGAGGAAAACUCGGGGGGGUUUUGGGCUCCUGCCGGCAAAAUUUUGGGAUUUUUAGCCAAAAUAACCCCAGACUUUGGCCCAGCCACAGCUCCUGGGAAGCAGGAGCCCACGCUGGAAAAAUCCUGGAGCUUUUAUGCAAAUCCCUCCACGCCGCCUCCACUCUCCUCCUUUUUCCUCCCAAAUUCUGUGUUUUUCCCUCCUGCUCUUGGUUCCUUGCCCCCUUUUCCCUCCUCAGUCCCUGGGAUGCUCCAUCCAGGAGCAGGCACUUUCCCUGGAUGGUGCUGGAGCAGCAGGAGAAGCUGAUCCAGCAUUUCCCAUCCUGGAGGAGGAAUCCAGCAGAUUUUGGGGCUGUUUAAGGCAAAUAAUAAGGAAAAAACCCAUGGGAUUCAUCGACCAGCACCGAAAAUCCCACCAGGGAAUCAUGGAAUGGUUUGGCUUGGAAGGACCUGAAAGACGAUCCAGGAAAGCCCCAGGCUGGCUCCAGGAAGAAGCUUUAGGCCUGGAAAAUGGCUUGUUUUAGGUUCUCCACCGUCCCCCCAAUGCUUUUAUCCCUGUUUUCCUGCUUUCUUGCCCCCCCACCCCCAUCCCUUUUCCCCCCCUGCCCCUGGCUAUGCAAGAGCCUCGGUCGCUCUCUGGGGUGGAAUCCGGAAUCCGGAAAACUCAUCCUGGGAAAAGCCCUUCCUGAGCCCUGGGAGGCUCCGAGGAGCCAAAUCAACACUAAAACCCCUACAGGGGGAUCCUGGGAAUGGGGGGUCAGGGGUCCCAAAGGGAACAUCCCGCAGCUGGGAAAGGCUUUGGGAUUCCCCGGAUAUGCAAGAGGGGGGUUGGGUGUAAAUAGUCUGAGCUUAAACGUUCUGAAUUUGGGUAAAAAAAUGACCCCAAAAUGGGACAUGAUGUUGUUUCCUGCAGGGCUCGGGGGAAAGGGGGGAAGGUUGGGGUUUGGAAAUGUUGGGAUGUGGGAGCCGCGGGAUUUGGGGCUCCAGGGGGAAUAAAGGGGUGCAAAGA